AUGUCAAAAGAAAGACCUAGUACGCCUCCGUUACAUGAGGAAAUAGAUAUAAAGAACGAAGAGGCUCAAAAAUGGUUAGAAAAAAACCACGGAAAUAAUAAAGAUAGCGUGACUGAAAUAGGAGUUAAUAUAACAUUUGAUGAAGUAAAGGUGAAACUGACCGGUAGUUUGCUAAUCAGCGAUUAUUCAGAACUAAAAUCAAUUGAUCUUUGGGAGGGAGAAAUAACUGAACUGAUUAUUAAAAAUUGUCCUAAAGUUGAAGAGAUAGAG